AGAGAGAGAGAGAGAGAGAGAGAGAGAGAGAGAGAGAGAUACAUGGCACAAACGGUGCAGACGUCACAUUCAGCAGAACAUGAGUCGACACAAGAAACAAGAAUAACGCAAGGGAUGGAGAAGAAGGAUAUCAAUGUGGAAGUUUUUGAGGAUGCUGAGAACGAGACACCUCAGCAACCUGUUUAUCAAGUUCGACCACAUAUGUAUGAAAAGUUUAAACCUCUAAGUGCAAAAGAAAUAAUACAUGAUGUGUUAUUUGAUCAACUCGCCACAAAAUCAUAUGAUGCACAAGCAGCAGCUCAAUGGACUAAAGAUAUAGCGGAUAUUAUUGAAGGCAAAAUUAAAAAUUUACAAUUUAAAAGAUAUAAAUAUAUUGUCAAUGUGGUUUUGGGACAACAGCAUGGUGCUGGUGUUAAAGUAGGUACAAGAUGUAUUUGGGAUGCAGAAGCUGACACAUAUGCUUAUGACAGUUUUAUCAACGAUACUAUAUUUUGUGUGGCUACAGUAUAUGCAAUUUACUUUUAUUGAAAAAGAUAUAUUUUUCUAAAAAGAAAAAUAGAUGUAGACUUAAUGUAUAAAAUAAAUAAAAAAUAGUAUUUGGAAAUAUCAGUAAAUUUAUUAGUAUUAAGUACAACUUAUUAUGUUAUCAUAUAUCAGUACACACACACAAUGUUAAAUGUCAUGACAUGGCACAAUAUUUUUACAUAUAAUUACAGAUAGUACUUAUAUUCUAUAUGUAAUAUGCAUGUUACCAGUGAUAUAUUUUCCACUUAUACUUAUUUAUAUACUAAAAUUAUUAUAGCACCAUAAUUCACGGCAAUAUAAUAUAAUUAAAAGUAUAUCCUACUUUUGUGUUACAAGGAUCUAAUGUCAUGAUUUGUCUUGUAUAUUUCUAACAAAUAUUCUUGUAAAUAGCAUUCCAUUUGUGAGAUAAUUUAAAGUUUGGUGUGUCCCGUAGAAUGACAAUAAUAAUAUUUAUUUGUAAAUUGUAACAAUCUACUUUUUUUUGGAAAUGUGAAUAUUAUCCUUACAAUGUAAGUAGCCAGUUACUAAUGUUAUAUAAUCUAUAAUUCAUAGCAUAUUGUGUAGCAAGCAAUGUAAAUGAAGAUGUAAAAAUAUACAGUUUGUUAAUAUAAAUUUUAAUCA